AGCAAGAUGUGUGUCCACUUGGGUAGUGAGAGAAUGCUCUCUCCAGACAGGAGUACAAACCAUCCAUUUUCUACCCUAAAACUUCAAAUCAACAAAUCUUUGAAAACCUGAGACUGCAAUGUGAGAGAAUGGAUAUGUCAUUCCUCUCAUUCUUUCCCAGUGAACCACAUCUGAUAGACUCAGCUUACAAUCUUGUGGUUGAUGCUAUCUAUGGUAGCUGUCAUAAAGAACGAAUCACUGGAGACUUUGCUUCUGUACUAGAGACACUGAAAAAGAUUGAAAAUCCUCUUGUAAGUUUGGACAUUCCUUCAGGUUGGGACAUUGAAAACGGCUGCCUGGAUGGACUACAGCCAUCAAUGUUAAUUUCCUUAACUUGCCCGAAGUUAUGUGCCCAUCACUUCCAAGGCCAACAUCACUACCUGGGAGGUUGGUACACACCACGUACCUUGGAAAUCUGGUAUGAGCUAAACCUACCCCAAUAUGCCGGCAUGGAUUAUGCCUAUCAAGCCUACCAAAAGCACUACUAG